CUCUUUCCACUCUCGUAUUUCUUCUCUCAGUGAACAAUGCUGACAACGUGCAGCGAAAAAAAUACUUGAAAUAGUUAUUUACAUCAGUGGGAAGGUUACAAAUAGUGUCUCAAAAUAAUGCAAAUCAAAGUCAUUUUGUUAUACCUUCCAAAUGUGGAAUAUUCAAAACAUGGCUGCAAAAAAAAGUGAUGUGGACCUUUUAGGAUUUGACGAACACGUGAAUAUGGAGUAGAACGCUAACUUAGAAAAAUGGUCGGCGGAACAACACUCCUUUUGAAUGACCUACACCAUCCGAUCGAAGAAACCAUUCAUUACUGCUAUGUAUGCAAUGUCGCCAUCUCCAACUCGAUCAACAAUCUGUGUCAAUUGUUUCCUACAAUAAGCGAAGAUGACGAAACUGUCAGUCCGGCUACCAUUCUUGCCAACAUUUUACAGUUCGAUAUUACUCCAGAAUUGUCUCAUUCACAGGCAAUUUGUAUUGAAUGUAAUUCCCUUUGUAAUGAAUACCAGAAUCUACUAGAUCGCUUAGACUCGAUUAAACUGCAGUUAACCGUUAGUUACAACAGUACUGUUACUAAGCUGGCAGCAUGUUUAACGGCAAGAGAGUUGGUUGAAGCCGAAGCCGAAGCAUUGGAUGAUUCAAGUGUGUCACAAGAUCUAAAGUUGCAGAACGAUGGAACAGAACUAAUAGGAAUCCCCCUUGGGCAUUUGACUGCAGUGGUUUCAGUUGUUUCGAAUGCAGACCCCAAAGUCAAUGUUAAAUAUGAGAAUGAUGAGAAUUUGUCCAAUUUACAUUUGGUUCCUGAAUCUAUUGCAUGCAGAACGGUUUCUCCUAUUAAAAACUCUCGCUCCAUCAUAAAAGUGCUUGAACAAACCACUUCUACGAAUAGUAAUGUAACUUCUGAUCCGAAUAGUCAGGGUGUACACGUCUGCGAAGUUCCGUCGGCCGAACUUUCAAUGGAGCAGUUUUUCGACGGAGCUGAUGGAAAUAUGGUUGAAAUAAUCACUGAAGGGAAUUCAACGGAUUAUAUUUACGAUAGCGUGAUUGAAACAAUUGGUGAAUCGGAUGAUGACGAUCCCGGCGGGAAGACCGGAACUGGAUCAAUUACUCUUGAUGCUACUAAUAAUCAACCUGAACAAGAAUUUGUGACGGAAGACGACUCUAACGGUGCACACAUUCUUAUUGCAGCAGCAAACGACAGUAUAAAAACAAUGCAAAAGAGAUUGGAAGCGCUUUUUUUCAAAACCAAAACCAAUUACUACUGCGCGCUAUGCCGAGCAAACAACGGACCAUCUACGGCCCACAACGUGAAAACUAUUACCCUUCACCUGAAAACGGAACACAACGAGAAGAUCCUUAUUUGUGAACAUUGUGACGCCAUUUUCCGGAGGCGAUCAGAAUACAACGAACAUCUUGAUCAACAUGUCGCAUCUGAGAUGACUGACUUUCGUUGCGAUAUCUGUUCAGUCAAGUUCAGCAACAUUCGUGCGCUGCGAAUGCACCUUAAGAGUCACCAAGGCACAUCAAAAGUAUGGGUCUGCGAGAUAUGCAAUAAGAAGUACAGCUCAAAGAACUUGCUGGAUGAACAUAUGAAUAUGCAUUCCGGAAAACGACCUUUCAAAUGUGCUCAUUGUCCCAAGGAUUUUGCGUCUAAAUAUACCUUAGCAGCUCACAUGAAGAUACAUCAGGACCGAGAAAGGAUCUUCAAUUGCAAGGUGUGUGGCAAAAGUUUUUUCAGUCAAAGUAAUCUUCUGCAGCAUGAGCGAACCCACACCGGUGUGCGAGACUACACUUGUCCGGAUUGUGACAAAACGUUCAUGUCGCAACAUAACCUUGAUAUUCACAAAAUUGUGCAUUUGAAUUACAAACCAUUUAUAUGCCGCACUUGUGGCAAGGGAUUUGCACGAAAAGCGGAAAUCAAGGAUCACGAGAGGACUCACACAGGCGAACGACCAUUUAUUUGCGAUAUCUGUGAUGCAAGCUUCUCCCAGCGAUCUAAUCUGCAGUCACACAAAAGGGCGACACAUUUCAACGAUCUUCGGUACAAAUGUGACCUGUGUGGUCGGUGCUUUAAACGGCGAAGACUGUUAGACUAUCAUAUCAAAGCUUGCCACACAGGUGAAAGACCUUAUAAAUGCGACGUUUGCUCCGCGACCUUUGUCUAUCCAGAGCAUUUUAAAAAACAUCAAAAAAUCCACACUGGAUCGAAACCCUUUGCUUGUGAGGUUUGCAGUAAAACAUUCAACAGCCGAGACAACCGCAACGCACACCGGUUUGUGCACAGUGACAAAAAGCCUUAUGAAUGUGUCACUUGCGGGGCUGGUUACAUGCGAAAGCCACAGUUAUAUGCGCAUAUGCAACAACGUGGUCAUUUAAAUGGCACUAUCGUGGUAAACCAACCGAGAAUUACUAACGAAGAUUUGUUGGAGUUUGACACGACCACUGAUUCGAUUGGGGAUCCGGUUGAAUUAGAUACAAAGGACGGAAUAAUUUUCGAGGAAAAUGACGAAGGAGAAGACAUAGAUGAGUACUAUGUCGAAGAGGAUGCUGAAGAAGAAGGUGUCAUAAUUGCUAGCGAUGAUCAGGCAAAUAUGCAUUUGCAAAAUACGGUAGGACUCCCCGAAGCGACCGCACUGUUUGCAACCAGUAGAGGCUUUAUCGAUGAAUCAGACAUUGUGAGUCAAGACGAAGAAAUGCAACUCGUGAAACUCAAUAUCACCAAUUCUAAUGGGAAAAACAGUAUUACCUGGGUAAACAUGGUAACUGAAUAAUCCUUCAAAAAUAUGUGAAUUUUGUCCAAAGAAUAAAACUAUAAAAAUUUUUGAAACCAUGAA